AAAGAAAAAAGUGUUAAAUAAAUACCUGAAAAGUUCAGGUAAAAUUUUACAAAUUUUCAACCACCUGUUGAGCUGCUGAUAACGAAAAACCAGAAGGAGGAAAAACAAAGAACAGCGCAGUCCAAGUUGCAACAGCUGGAAAAAUCAAUAGCCAAGAGGCAAGGCCAGCGACCCUGACCCUCCACUGACACUGAACUUGGCCGGUGGCAAGUCGGUCAACCAAAUGUCCAGCAUGGCACGUUUUCGAAAGCUGAGUCGCCAAAGCGAGGAGCUCGAACCGGAGGCGAGUGCAUCGCUGCUCAAGUCAUCGCCGAAUAUUUUGGAGAACUUUGCCUACGACGAGGAGAUCCAUUCGCUGCAGCAGAAUCACCCGCUCCUCAAGCGGAUGGCCACCUCGCCCACCAGCGCCCACUGCGGCUCCCAGAGCAGCUCCUCCUCCACCUCGUCGUCGUCUACGCGUCGGGAGCCCAAGUUUUGCGACACCCUCGAACGACAUGCCUUCAUGCGGAAUGUGAUCAACCGACAGCCGGAGAGCGUGCGCCGCUACUCGUCUCCCGGCGAGAAGGAGGCCCAGGUGCGACGCAGUCUGGAGGAGAUCACCAAGGAUCUCAGGGAGAUCGAGCAGUUCGUCAGCGCCACCGAGGAGCUGAUGCAGAAGGAGAGGGAACAGGAGCAGCUCCUCCUCUCCAGCUCCAACAAGGAGAACAAGUGCCCGUGCCCCAGUCCCGUGAAAAGGGUCACCUAUAAGAUAAACGCCUACAAGGCACCGCCCAGAAGACAUCGUCCUGGCAGUCCGCGCUUCUACCACUCCCGUUUGUACUUCAGGAAUGGCAAAAUCGGUUGUGUGGACACCGCGGAGCAUCAGAACAAUGUGGGCGCCACCCAUGCGCUGGUCAAGCACAUACUGCAUCACGAGAAGCCGCUGGUGAGUCCGGAUAGCGUGAGGAGGGUGCUCGAGCAGGAGAGCUUCGAAAUGGUGCCACUACCGGGAGCAGUGCCCGUAGUGGUCGUACCCGAUCCAAUAGCCAUUCAGCGGGCGGAGGAACUGGCAGCGGCCACCGGUCAGGUGGUGCUCCCUGCGGACGAGGAGGAGAUGGAGUCGCCGAGCCAUCAAGCGGAAUCCCAUCCCAUCAUCGACGAGGACGAACAGGAUGUGCAGAUAUGCUACAACGAAUCGCCGGAACUGCAAAACGAAGAUCGCAACGAGCGGGCACAGGGAACACCUUCCAUCAAUGAGAGCGAGAUAGUGGCCGUCGAUGAGCCCGAAACGGAAAUGAACCUGGACAUGGACCUGGAACACCGCAAGCCAAGCAGUGCCGGCAGCUUGGACUCCCAGGGUCAGCAGUUCCUCCGCGACCAAGUGCGCCAUUUGGUGCGUCGCUUCACGGCCAGGGCCAACAAGGUCAAGUCCCGGAUCGAGCUGCCACCCACUCCCUCGUCCAGCAGCACGGCCAGUUCACCGUCUCCGCCGCCCACCAAGAGUCUGCAUCCAUCGCCGCAGCACAAGGUGCGCCUGGUGCCGGCGGGUCAGUAUCCGUCUCCACAUCGCGGAAGACUCUUCGAGGCAGACACUCCCCGCUCGAAUGUGUGGCUCUGCUCCAGCCUGUGCGGUGCCAACAAUGACGAGCGCACCCUGGAUCCCCAGGGCAAGAUCUACAUCUCCUGGCUGUGCGUGGUGUCACUGUCGUUCCUCUACAACGCCUGGGUCAUCCCGCUGCGCUCCUCGUUCCCCUUCCAGACCAAGGAGAACACCAACAUCUGGCUGGCCUGUGACUUCUGUGCCGACAUUGUGUACCUGCUGGACGUGGUCUUCUUCAAGCACCGGGUUAUGUACCUCUUCGAGGGAUUCUGGGUGAAGAACAAAAACCUGACCAGGAAGAACUACAUGAGGAAACUGCAAUUUAAGUUGGAUCUUCUGGCGCUUCUUCCGCUAGAGCUGUUGUACCUCAAACUGGGCACAGGUGCUGUUUGGUUGCGUUUUCCCCGGUUCUUUAAGAUUCAGAGCUUCUGGGAAGUGUUUCGCCUCUUGGAUCGAGUUAUAUCAUCACCACACUUUGUACGAGUGGCCAAAACAUUGACCUACAUGCUAUACAUGAUUCACAUCACAGCAGCCCUCUACUAUGCCUACAGCGACUACCAGGGAUUGGGCCAGAAUCGAUGGGUCUUCAGCGGCAAGGGUCAUCCGUAUGUGAGGUGUUUUGCAUUCGCCACGAAGACGGCCACAUCGAUUGGGAAAAAUCCGAAACCGGAACGCCAGGGGGAGUACGUCUUCAUGACGGUGGCCUGGCUAAUGGGCGUCUUCGUGUUCGCCUUGCUCAUCGGUCAGAUCAGGGACAUCAUCUCUACGGCCACGCGGAAUAAGCACGAGUAUCGCCAGCUGGAGGACGAGACGCUGGAGUACAUGCGACGCCUUAAUCUCUCCCAGGAGGUGCAGUCAAGGGUCAAAAUGUGGUUCCAGUUCACCUGGGAACAGCAGCGCACUUUGGAUGAAUCCAAUAUAUUGGAUGCUUUGCCCAUCAACCUUAAAACCGACAUUGCCAUCUCCGUGCACAUUCAAACCCUCUCAAAGGUUCAACUCUUUGCCGAUUGCGAAGAGGCUCUACUCAGGGAUCUGGUCCUGAAACUACGUGCCGUGACCUUUCUGCCUGGAGAUUUCGUUUGCCGGAAGGGUGAGGUUGGCCGGGAGAUGUACAUCGUGAAACUAGGGCAAGUCCAGGUGAUGGGUGGUCCCAGUAGCGAUGUCGUCCUGGCCACCCUCACCGAAGGCUCCGUUUUCGGUGAGAUCAGUCUGCUGGGCAUCAAUGGAGCUGAUCGCAGGACAGCAGAUGUGCGCUCCAAGGGCUACUCCAACCUCUUUGUGCUCUCCAAAUCGGAUUUGAACGAAGUGAUUGCGUAUUAUCCCAAUGCCCAGGCGAUCCUGAAGAAGCGAGCUCGUCAAUUGAUGCGGAAAAAUGCAGCCAGGGAGCGGGAGGAGGAGCGAGAGCGAGUACGCAGUGCCCUCCAGGCAGAUGUGGUCAUUGGGAAUCCGAAAACCCCGGAGACGCCACCGAAACUCUUGCAGACAGUUAUCCAGGCGCUGCCGUUUGAGUCGCCCGCCGUUGUGCUCAUCACCAGAGGUUCCAAGCGGAUGCGUCGCAAACGCCAAUCGCUGCAAAUGGAGACCAUCGUGGAGCCCAGAAUGGAAAUCACCGGUGUCGCCGAGUCGCAGGAACAAAAGAGCCUGAAACCGGGACGCUGCUCGCCCGAUUUACUCUCAUCCAUCCAGCAAGAGCUGAAGUCCAAGCACAAGUUCAUUAACCUCACGGAUUCGGAGAAGGCUCUGAUCAGCCAGUCGGCGAACAAUUCGCUGGAGGACAUGAAGGUGGUGGAUCUCUAAGAUUACGUAGCCAAUUCCAAAGUAUUUGUCUAAUUAUUGUAACAAAAUAUUCUGCGAUAUAAACUCUCUGUGUGUAUAACAAA